GGGCGCCGGAAGUGACGCGCACGCGGCGCGCCGCGGCGCCGAGGCCGGCAUGAGCUGCGUGCUGGGCGCCCCGGCGGCCGGGGCCGUCCGGACGCUGAGGCUGCUGGGCCGGGCGGGCCGAGGGCUGCACUCGCCGCCCGGCCUGCGGGCUCGGGCCCCGUCGGCGGCCGAGGGCGGCGAGGGCGAGGACGAGCCUGGCCGCCCCAUCCAGUUCUCCUGCAGCGGGGCCAGCCCGGCCCGCUGGACGGUGGCGCAGUCGCUGGGCCGGCAGCAGCAGCGGCCGUGGUGGAAGGUGCUGCCGCUGAGCCUGUCGCUCAUGCUGCUCGUCGCCUGGUGCUUCCUGCGGCCGGAGAGCGGCGCGGACGUGUGGCUGCAGCGCGUGCUGGACGGAGAGGAGCCGGGGCGCGGCGGCCGCGCGGAGGCCCCCGGGGCGCGGGCCUAGCGGGGCGGCCGCGCGCGGACAGUUGUCAAUAAACAGCCCGACCUCGUGGAGUCCCGUGUCCUCGCUCG